GGAUUCAUUCUGCUUGACAGUAAUAAUAAGGAUGACAGAGUUGUGAUGGUUGUAACCUGAUACCAUGGUCAACACACCUAUACCACACAGUCUACGGUCAGAGGCAAAGAAAGCAGCCAAGAUCUUACGUAGCUUUACGGUUCCAUCAGCAAACCUUGGGCCAGACAAACUUAUUCCAGCUGGUAUCUUGCUGAAGGCGAAGGGAUUGGCUAUCCUUACUGUGGUGAAGGCUGGAUUCCUAGUUACAGCACGAGGAGGAAGUGGCAUUGUUAUUGCAAAGGUUGGGGAUGACCUUGAUGCAGAAUGGUCUGCACCAUCAGCCCUGGGCAUUGCUGGACUAGGAGGUGGAUUUGAAAUUGGUGCAGAGGUCACUGAUUUUGUCAUCAUCCUCAACUCACGUUCAUCAGUUGAUGCUUUCUCUAAGGGUGGGAAUUUGACCCUUGGAGGUAAUUUCUCAAUAGCUGCUGGCCCCCUUGGGCGUAACCUAGAGGCGGAUAUAGCUGUUAGAAGUCCUGCCGCUAUCUACACCUACUCGAAGACAAAGGGACUGUUCGCUGGAAUUUCUGUGGAAGGAAGUGCUUUGAUAGAGAGGAAGGAUGCUAAUAAAAAAUUUUACGGUCAAGAUGUGCGUGCCUACCAGAUUUUGUCAGGUGAAAUUCCACGCCCAGAGGAAUGCAGUGCACUGUACGAAACCCUCGAGAUGCAUAGAAAACGAGCAGAGAAACAGAUGUUAGAUCUGGCUAAGAAAACUGCCUCUAAGCAUGCUCAUGGUUUGGGCGAUAAACUCAAGGACCGAUUCUCUAGCACAAAAAGUGUGAAGGCCAAGUCUCCAAGGCCUCGAUCCCAUUCAGACUAUGGUUUACAGAGUUCUGAUGAUUCAAUGUCGAAAUACAGCCUACCCGCUUCUUAUCAGGAUAGUAGUGAUGAGGAAUCAUCUGAGCCAAUGAGCCGGUACAGUCUACCCAAGUCUCAUUCUAGACACAGUGUUGGUGAAAGUGACUAUACAGAGGACACUGCAAAAUACAGCUUGCCAAAAUCGUCUGAUCCUAUGGAUAAAUACAGCAUGCCCCAGUCUAGGUCAAGGUCACAGUAUAACCUCUACGGUGGUUCUGAACUAUCCAGUCAUGACCCCAUGUCAAAGUUUGACCUCCCUUCUGUUAUGCCUCGAGCCCAGUCAUGUCGAUCAGUACAUACUGUUACGAAGCACUCUUCUUCCGCUGAAGGAUCAAGGACUGUUGUGAAGCGUACAGUUCAAAGUCGAACUACCCGGACCUCAUAUCAAGGAUCUGAAGCAGUGACUUCAGAUAACCCCAAGAAUAAAGCGGAUGUUGCACCAAAAAAGGCCAUCGCUAAUUUUGCAUAUGAAGCACAGCUGCCUUGUGACAUUUCCUUUAGAAAAGGAGAGGAAGUUCUGGUUUUAACUCGCACACAAUCUACCAAUGACUGGUGGGAAGGAACAUGUAGAGGGCGAAUUGGGCUCUUCCCUGCCAACUUUAUUACUGUCAAGUAACAGAAUGGAAAGUAAUCAGAUAUCGCAGAUGUGCAUGUCGUCUCUUCCCUGUUAAUUACAACAGUGCAUGCAUUUGUUUGUUUAAUGCCACAGGAACAGCCAUUGAGGCAAAUUUUCCUUGAAGUAGCCACUGGCUAUCUCACUGAGCAACAUACAAGUGACCUGCAACAUGCCAUCUAUAGCAUCUAUAGCCAAGAAUACAACCAAGACAUUGCAGACCAUGGGUAGGGAACUUCCAACCACACUACUCAAUUCUUCACCAGAGGUCCCUUAUCACGGACCCCUUACAGCACAAUACAGAAAACAAUUGAAAUAAUAGUACAGUAGUUUUUCUGAGCUGUCUCUAACCUCUGAUACAUUUCACUUAAUUUAUUUAUCUUUAAAAUUUCUAAAUUCUGUUUGAUAAAUAUGAAUGGUUCAAUUUCCUUUUUAAAAAUUUGAAAUAAAUAUAUUACAUUGUUUAGGUAUUUGCUGGAGGAAAUAACCUGUUACUAUUUACAUAUUUUCCAAACUGUUUUGGACAUAUGUUAUUUUCUGUUCAGUAAUAGUUAUUUAUGACAUUGGUGUGGAAUGUAAUAAAGCAUUCAUUUGCCUAUAUUAAACAAGUGUCAUUCAUUGUACUAAGGUUGUGAAAAUUAUGGUAAACAUGCUCAUCGGUUAAGGGUUGUCUCCCUUAUAGAAACAAGAGCAUUAUUUGUGUUUAAAUUCCUUAGUGCAAAUUUUCUUGUCUUAUUUUAAAUUUAAUUUUCUACCUUAUAGAAUGUUAAUAUAUUUAUUAAGAAUCAAGUUUUUUUCUGUUUUAUUGUUUGUUAUACAAGAUGCAUUAAUUAUUUUCAUGUCCCUAGAAUUGUGUCUUAUACUUUGUUGACCUAUUGGUAUGAUUCUACCAUGAUAUUAAAAAAAUACUCCAUGUCAUGUAUCAUUAAAGCAAUGAAAUAGUUAACAUACUAACAUGUACCUCAGAGGUUCCUUCAGCAAUAAAUCUAUAAUAACAGGCCUUUAUUUAAGAUACUAACAUGUACCUCCGAGGCUCCUUCUCAGAGGCUCCUUCAGCAAUAAAUCUAUAAUAACAGGCCUUUAUUUAAGAUACUAACAUGUACCUCCGAGGCUCCUUCAGCAAUAAAUCUAUAA